AUGUCCAAGGUGGACCUCGGGGGAGGGAGGAAGCUGGACAAGAGACUUCCUGCGCCCACAGGGGAGCUCUUGUGGCAGAGGGACAAGGUGCCCACGCGCGGCUCCAAACGCCUGCAGCCCGGGCGCGGCGGCGAUGGCGGGCCGGCGGUGGCAUGGCCUGGGGUCGCCGCGACGCCCGCCCGGAGCGUGCUGGGGAGCUGCCGCACCUACGCGCCCCGCCGCGUCUUCCUCCUGGUGAUCAGCCUGCUCACCUGCUCCAACGCCGCGCUGUGGCUCAGCUUCGCACCCGUGGCUGACACGAUCACCCGGCACUUCCUACUCUGCACCGAGCAGAUCAACUGGCUCUCACUGGUCUACCUUGUGGUGUCCAUCCCAUUCGGUGUAGUGGCCAUCUGGGUUCUGGACUCUGCUGGGCUCUGCUGGGCGACCAUCCUGUGUGCGUGGCUGAACUUUGCGGGGAGCAUGAUCCGCUCCCAGCCCUGCAUGAUCACCAGCAGCCAGGACCCAUUUGCUUUCUUCAUGGGUGGGCAGAGCCUCUGUGCCCUCGCCCAGACCCUGGUCAUCUCUCCAGCCAAGCUGGCCGCCUUGUGGUUUCCCGAGCACCAGAGAGCCACAGCCAACACGAUGGGCACCGUGUCAAACCCCCUGGGUAUCCUGGUGGCCAACCUGCUGUCUCCUACCCUGGUGAAGAAGGAGGAGGACAUCCCCUUGAUGCUGGGCAUCUACAUCAUCCCUGCUGGCACUGCUUGCGUCUGGGAGAGCACACCCCCCGCCCCGCCCUCCGUGGGGGCUGUCCACUCCACCUCACAGAAGUUCCUAGCCGGGCUGGAGCUGGUCAGUGCCGUGAACAAGGCCCACGUCAUCUGGCCCCUGGCCGCAUGCUUUGGGGGCAGCAUUGGCAUCUUCUCCAGCUUCUCGUCCCUCUUGGAGCAGAUCCUCUUCAUGAACGGACACUCCAGCGAAUUUUCAGGCCUCUGCGGGGCUCUCUUCAUUGCUUUUGGGGUCUUGGGGGCUCUGCCUCUUGGCCUGUACGUGGACUGGACCAAGCAUUUCACUGGAGCUGUCUAGAUCGGCCUCUGCCUGACAUCUCUGGUCUGCGUGGCCCUCGCCCUGGUGUCCCAGCUGGGGGGACAGACCAUUGCGCUGGCCGCCACCUGCUCGCUGCUUGGGCUCUGCUUCUCAGCGGCACCUGUCGCUAUGCAGCUGGCUGUCGAGUGUUCCUUCCCUGUGGGUGAGGGGGCCACAGGCCUGGUCCUCGUGCUGGGGCUGCCCGGGGGUGUGCCCAGCACGGCGCUGCUCACCUCCCUGACCGUGCGCCACGUGGAGCCAUCCUCCUCCACCUGCCGGGACGGCCAGGACCUGCUGACCUGAACGGUGUCCACGUUGCCGAUGGCCGGCCUGUGCGUCCUUUUCAGCUGCCUUGGGGUGCUCUUCCUCCACACCCCAUACCGGCGCCUGCAGGCCGAGGCCGACGCCAGCCCCUCCAUCCAGGAGGACGUGCACCUGGCAACCUUGGCAGCCACCCUCCAAGGCCCCGCCGCGGCCCCCCGUCCCCAGCAGCCCCUCCUGGAGCCGGCGCUCCUGGCUCUGCCUCCCUCCCCCGGGAGUCCUCCGAGACGUCAUGGGGCCCCUGCAGCAGACCAGAGGCCGGGGAGCACAUGGCUGAGUCUGGAGCGGACAGGUGUGGGGAAGGCCUUCCUUGAAGGAGCCUAUCCCAGAGCCAUGCUCAACCUCUGCUGA